AUGCAGCCCCACAAGAAAAGCAAACGGACCACCCUUUUUGAGGCUCUCGAGUCCCGAGCGAGGGUUAUCUCAAAAAAAAGCCCCGAGCGAGGGUUAGGUCUCCUGCCCGCGUGCACGCCGCCGCCAUGCUUUCGCUCGAAAUCCCUGGUAUUCUCAUGGCUCAACCCCGACCCCGGCUCUGGUGUUCCUCAUACCAGCCGCCGGCGACCGGACUCGCUUCCUUCCUCCGACCGGUGGAUUGGCUCCACCCUCCCUAGAAUCCCCACUCCCUUCGCCAACUCCUGCUCCAACACUGAUGCGCUGACGCCGCCGCCUCCUGGUCGGCAUGCACGGCCGCACGCCCAGCAGUUACCGUGGCCGAUGAUGGAACAGCCCCGAGAUCCUCCUUGUGUUGCAGUGCUUGCAGAAGAGGCAAGGCGCCCAGGGAGUCCUGAGAAGACACCCUCGCCGCCGACCUUGAGGUACAAGUCUGUCUCCAUGAGCUCGAGGAAGCCAUGGCCGAUGCAUCCAGCUGCAGAUGUCGCAUCUUUGUGGCCGCCACCCUCCCUCACCGCCCUACACAACCCGCUCUGCGGUCACCUCGUCGCCGCCGCCGGCCUUCAGUUUUGUGAACUCCAUUUGCAGAGGAGAUGACUUUGUCGUACCCGACGUGCGGAAAUGCGAUGGUGUCUACCCUGAAGCUUGAAGAGUUCAUGAGGAAGACUUGCUAGCAUCUAGAGUUGGAUGCCCUCAUGAUAGAGGCAAAGGUGUCCCGUCUUUCGAUGAGAUGAUGGAUUUCGCUUUGGUGGAAGUCGACUUUGAUGAUCCGACUACGAACGUGCAAGGACGUUGCGCCUUAGCAAUCGCUAAACCAA